GCAAUCUAUUUGUACUUAACAAUCUUGCAAGCAGAUCAGGUUUUACUAUCAGCCUGAGCAAAGUCCGUCAUUUUUCGUACCGAGUUUUGACUGUAAUUUGUGAAUUAAAAACCAACGUAAAAAGUCAAGAGAAAUAUGAAAACAUAAUAUCAUGUCCAAAGUUUACAGGAGAAUUUUUUAUGAUCAACUAUACCACGCCUUUCAAAGUGACUUUCGUUGAAUUUUGCAGGAUUUUUAGAGCACCAUUUUUUCUCUUUUGCUCUCCUUAAAAUGUCUGAGGACUCAGGAGAUUUCUAGACAACAGGAAAGCGGUAGUUGCAGUUGCGAUAGAUCUUGGCAAAGCAUUUGACUCAAUCCAUAACAGUCUACUGCUGCCUAAACUUAACGAAUAUGGUUUCUCCUCAUUUGCCAUGCAACUGAUGUCCUCCUACCUGACGGGUCGUAAAGAGAGAGUUAAGGUUCAUGGGAUGUGUUCUAGUAAAUGCUCUAGUUAUAGAGACAUGACAGUUGGUGUACCUCAGGGUUCCCUUUUGCGGCCUCUUCUGUUUAACAUCUUCAUUAACGAUUUUAACUUUUUCGUUUCUCCAGAUGAUAUAUCAGAAUAUUACUCAGCUACGUCGAUAAUUGUCUACUCCUAUGUGCCUUUGUUAGGAGCCUAUGAGUAUGGGCUCCUGGCCUUUGUGCACUACAGUAAUAUCUGGCCGACUGUGCAUACUGUUUCAGUGGAAUCACAACAAAAUCUGCACAGUCGUGUCUCAGACGUCUUAUGAUGCUGUGCUUGAAUUUGUUCUUAAAGCAUGUUCUUGAGCAGUUAGCAUCACGCCUUUGUUUCCUUCUUAAAAAAUACAUCCCGAGCCAUCAUCAGGACUCCUAUUACGACCACAAAGUUUGUCAAGCAAACUCUCCAUGUUGGUCCCCUGGUAGCCCUGAAAAUUCCCUUCUUCAACAAGCACCUUCUCCUUCAAGGCCAUUUGUAGCAUUACUUGCGCGUGUAAACAUCCAUUAAUUGACAAUAUCUUCCUAGUUUAUUCUUAUUAUCAUUGUUAUUAUUAUUAUGAUUAUUAUGAUUAUUAUGAUUAUUAUUAUUAUUAUUAUUAUUAAAAGGAAAAAGGCAUACCUCAGAAUAUAAUAUCCACUCCUUAGAUUCCGUUCAGCCAAACACUCAAACAGUCUUUAUAUGUAUUCAUUAAAUUAAUUGACUUAUUUACGUUAUUAUUUUGUGCGGGCCUUUUCUGACGGACGCUCUUCCCUAAUUUAGCCCUUUUUUUUGCAGAUUCUUUACCCUAAAAGACCAUUUCCAUCGCACGCAGCUACGAACAUUGCUCUAAAAGCCGACAGAAUGUUAACCUUUGUUCCUAUUGUCUUUAUUCUGGUGCACAUGUGGGGCACACUUAGAUGGAUCCUAUUUAUGUAUGCUGACAUUGGAAAAUUACACACAUGGUGGCAUACAGCGCUUCUUUGUCUCCAGGUGAGGGAUUCAUCUCGAUUGACGACAAUUUAUUAAAGUGUAAACUUAAUGAUGGCUCAGUUAUGUAAAAUGUUACAUCGGCGAACACAUAUUCUUAAGAUUACCUUACCGCGGUAUGAGUUACCAGUGAUUUUCUUUCUCCUGCUUUAAAUCGCUCAUUACGUGUUAAAUCACGCCAUCACCCUGUCAUAUUACUCAGAGAGAGUACUCAAGGGACAUUUGGGUAGAAGUGCAUGCGUCGUCGAAGUUUUCAAACCCUAAGCCUGUUUAAGACAAAAACUGUUCAUUUCGCUAUCCAGUUUAAGGCCUCCUUUAGUUACCCUGGUUCAUUUCGUUUCUCACACAUAACAAGAACGUUCUUAAAAGUCUCGGUUGCUCGACGAUUAGAUAAGAAAUGAGGAGACGAUUAAUUCUACACGAAACAGGAUUUCCUCGCUAAACGUUUUUCACCUCCUACUUUAUUAGCGGUCGAGUAUUCUUCAGGAUAAUUAA